AUACCAAAGUAACUGGAGCGCUAUGCUUCCGGUAGAACAUUCCCCAGAUGAUUAGCAUGAACACUCUUCCAACAAGUCUACCGUCGGGUAUAUACGGGAUGUGAGGACUGAACUACAAUAACUGUCGAUUCGGAGACUUUUGUCAUCUGCCUUGCAACAUUACGCCGAGGUGUAAUUGAAGCCAAUCCUUCCCUAUCCGAUGGCUUAUGCGAUGGGCGGUGAUGUUAUAAGUAUCCGAUGCUUAUUAACUGAAGCAUCUACAGUCAUUGACUUUAUUUCCAUCAAGUACGCAAACACAGGAUAGAAUAUAAAUAAUCGUCUUGCACUAGCCUUCCGAUUUACAAUCCAUCUUCCAAACACUCCACACACAAUGUCAGCUCAAAAGGUCUUUCUGAUCGGACCAGGCUUCAUUGGAGGCGAGGUUCUUGAUCUGCUCCUACAAAAGAACUAUGCGGUCACCACUUUGAUCCGCCGACAAGCUGCCGCAGCCUCCUUUCACGACCUGGGAGUCCAAACAGUGAUAGGAACCAUCGACGACAAGUCGAUCAUCCAGAAGCAAGUGGAAAACAGCGACAUUGUCAUCCACACCGCAACAGCAGACCAUCUCCCCUCCGUCGAGGCCGUGCUGGAUGGCAUCACGGCACGCGCCCACACCGGCCAAACCACCAUCUACAUCCACACCAGCGGCACCAGUCUGCUCGCGGAUGGCGCCCACGGCGACUCGACCAAUGAGACCAUCUUCGACGACGCAAAGCCACAAACACUCCUGAACGCCCUGCCCGACAGCGCCGCACAUCGUGAAAUCGACCUGGCCAUCAUCAACGCGCAAAAGGCCCUUGGCCCCAAGGCCAAAAUGGCCAUCAUGACUCCCCCCCUUAUCUACGGCGUGAGCACCCGCGAGAAACGUCUGUCGAUCCAGCUGCCCACCAUGAUGCGAUUCUCGGUGAAACACGGUUACGCCGGACAUGUCGGAAAGGGUGUUGCCGUGUGGAACCAAGUGCAUGUCAAGGAUCUCGCCAGGGGUUAUCUCACUCUGCUCGACUGGUUGGAAAAGACACCCGGUGAGCAGGUCCUGGCAGACAGCGACUUGUACUGCUUCUGUGAGAAUGGCCAGGAGCUCUCGUGGGGCGAGUGCGCGGCAGCUAUCGGUGAAGCUCUGGCCAAGGCGAAGAAGAUCCCGUCUGCACAACCCAGAACAAUCCCCAGAGAGCAUUACGGUGACUUGUUUGGAGAAUAUUCGGGUGUGGUGAUUGGAUCCAACUCGCGGAGCAGGGCGAUUCGCCUCCGUCAGUUGGGAUGGGAGCCCAAGGAGAAGGGGACUAUCCAGUCUUUGAUUGAAGAUGAAAUUCCGUUGAUUCUCCAGGAGACGGGGCCUUUCAAAGGAUAUAGCGCACCAGUGGCUUCUGGGGAUACUAAGUAGAGAUAGUUAUUUCAUGGAAUAAUCAUGCUACGGUUUUUACUAUCAUCAUUUAGACUUGGAUAAACAUCCGGCAGGAGUUCGGAUCGGUAUCAGAUAUGUAGUCAUCUAAUCGAUGUAGAAGAUUAAAACUGCCGAUUAAUUCAUUUGAUAACACCAAGUAGUUUCUAUAUGUCAUUGUGAAUAAAAGUGGAUAAAAGACCCAAGCAGAUUCCCAAUCGCCGUUGCAUUUUUCCGCGGUUAUAUGACAACCGACACUUAUAAUAUCAAC